AUGGACGACUGCGCCGACAUUUGCGAGCCAACGGGAAAGAACAUGCAGUAUGGCUCUCCGAUGCCCUUGGAGCAGAGCUACCAGAAGAAUCCGUUCGACUUUUGCUUUGAACAGGCGAGGAAGCAGAACAUCACCCACCGAUAUGUUCCAACAAUAUCUACCAUCAAUCAGACCUCACCACUGAAUACGCCUUCAAUAUCGCUCAACGAAGGUGCCGCGCCAUGGUUACCAUUGCCACUGACAACGCCUAUGGUGGGCACCAGUGCAAUCGAGGUCGAACCAGAGCCACCACUUCUGCAGAAGACGACCUCUCUUGAAGAACCUACCAGCAGUUUCAAUGUGCCCAAGCCUGGAACUGCCGACAGCAAAAAUAGCGUUAACAGAAUCGCCAAACAGCUCAACAUUUCUAGUCUGCCGCCGAAGAGGAAGGAAAAGUCCGAAGAAGAGCUACUUUCGAGGUUAAAAGCCACCGAAGCAGCUCUGCCGCCUAAAGCGAAACCCGGUCGGAAGAGUCGCACCGCCGCGGAAGAGGAUGCAAAAGAUAGGAAGAAGCGUUCUCUGGAGCGAAACAGAGCUGCGGCAAUGAGGUGUCGCCUGAAGAAGAAGAAGGAGAUCGAUGAGCUGAAAAUCAAGGUGGACGAGUACGAAGAGCAGAACAAUGAACUGAGGAAAGUAAUCGAAGAUCUCUGCGCGGAGGUUCGAGAGUUAAAGAAGGAGCUGAUGCACCAAAAGGAAUGUAACGAGUCGGCGUUACGAUGA